UCUACUACUGUGCGUUCGAGAUUCAGUGUGCCGCUUUGUUUCGUGAGGUGCAGGCGGGCGCAUGUAGGCGUUAGUAAGAUCGCGGUGAAAUUGAACAUAGUUAUUUUUAAAUUUGAACAUCUUCGGUUAAUUUGUUUACAAAAUGUGGAAAUUCGUUACUCGUGGAAUUCGCGAAACUUUCGAACGUCGUGCAUGCCGUACGAAUGUUUAUUCACAAACAUCGCAAGAUAAUACAAAGAAUGAGGUUAAAACCAAUUUGACGUGCAAUCACAAGUUUUUUACACCAACCAUUUCGGUUUUUAGUAAACGAUUUUGCGGAUCCACUAAAGCCAAUGAUUUUAAGGACAAAAAUGAAGAUUCCAAGUGGAAUCCAAAACAUACUUGGACCGAAGCUGUAGGAUGGUCCAGCGUUUUAGCUAUUGGAUGGGUGGUAUGCGAAGCAUUAUGUCUUCGUAGAAGAUUUUUUGAGAAGGAAACAGAUCCUAUAAAAAACAAGCUAUAUCAGUACUCAGAAACACGCGUUUCAUAUCUACUUGAUCAAGUACUAAAUUUAAGACCAAAACAUAUUCUACCUGUUAACUGUGCUGGAGACAAUAAAAAGAAAUAUGUUCAAGAAGAAACACAGACAGAAUGGGAAACAGAUAAACCAUUUGGACCGAUUACCAUUGAAGAGGCCCUCAAAAAAGCCACUGAAGAAUUUGCUAAUACUCACAAAGUAGUUACUGGUGAAUUCGAACUUUUUUAUGGACUUAAAGCUUUAGAAGAAAAACGUUACAAAGAUGCAAUGAAGCAUUUUGCUGCUGGUGCAAAGUUAUCGUCUGCUGCUAGUAUGUUUAAUUUGGGUUUAUGUUAUGAACUAGGCCUUGGAACAUUAGCUGAUCAAACAAAGGCUGCAAAAUAUUACAAUGAUGCAGCAGAACAAGACCAUGCAGAUGCUAUAUAUAAUUUAGGGGUUUUCUAUGCACAAGGUAGAGGCAAUUUUCCAGUAGAUUCUGAUAAAGCUCGUAAUUAUUUCAUUAGAGCAGCUAAAUUAGGACAAAGUCAGGCACAGCAUGCUCUAGAUUUAGAGAAACGCCAUUAUCAGUCAGUUCAAAAUGAAUCUAAUAAAAUAUAUGGAAACGAAAGUGAAAAUACCGUUAAAUGUUUGCAAAAUACUAAGGAUAUAAAUCAUAUUCUUAAGAAAUUGACUAAUUAUAGUAAUGUGUUAAAUACGCAUUUACAUAUGGAAACUGUAGAAAAUUCUGAUUACAAGCAAAAUGGAGCAAAAGCUAAGAAUUCAACAGACAUAUUUUUAGAUCUGCUGGGUAUAAGUGAAUCAAAUAUAUUACCUGUUUCAUUGGAAAGAGAUAAGUUUAGUGUGCCAUGUUAAAACAUAAGAAAUAGUAAGUGAAAAUACGAUAACAAAUAAGUUACAAUCUAUACGUUAUGAAAUAUUUUUUUAUGAAUUUUGUCAAUUAUACGAGUUAUACGAUAACGAGAAUUUAAAAACAAAAUUGUAUUUCGUAUUUUUACUUCCAUAAGUACUAAUUCUAUGAUAAGAUCUAUACAUAAAAUAUACAGUAUUUCUAUAGAAUUAUUUAUUAUCUGUUAUAGUUUCCUUGUAAAUAUUCGUUUUUAAAAAUAUUUACAAAACAGAAUCAUGCUGUAAACGUAACAUACAUGUAAAAAAGUAUUUGAUUUUUACAUUCGAUAAAAAGAGACAAACUCAUUUAGAUUGUUUUCAUAAACAUAUUUGUCAUGCCUUUGACAUAUUAUCUUUGUUCAAAUACAUAUAAUUUGAUGCAAAGGUAUCUAUAUUUUAAUGAUGACUUCAAGUUAUAUAAUUCCAUUGGGAAUGGGAUUGUUGUCUGUGAUUAAAUAAGUACAUAGAGUAUGUAUAUAGAUAUAUAUUUAUCAUAAAAUGAGUCAUUGAAUGCUUAUGUUUCAUGUAAUCUACAAAUAUAACUUGUACAAUUAAUGAAAUGUAUUAUAUGACAUUGAAAGUUAAUCUAUCUUUUACUGAUUGCAUUGUUUUUCCAUUAAAUAUAAAAAUCAUUUUUCAUCCAUAAUAUUACUUUUUGAGUAUUAUCAUUUUUUAUUAAUCUUUGUAAAUACAAGUAUAAAAAUAAAUUCAUCUAAAAUAAAUAACAAAGUUCACGUUUUGUUAAUGAAAGUAAAAUACUAAGUAUUUUCACCAAUGUGCGUUAUGUUUUUGUACUGUCUUCUGUAUAAAGUCAUUAUGACUAGCAUACAGAUUUAACUUGCUAUCAAUAUCCAUCCAUUUAACAUUACGUGCAUCAUCUCCAGCAAUUAAAGUUAACUGUCCAAGAAUACUACCAUCUUUGUCAUGAAAAUUUGAAGCUACAGUUUCCAUCCAUGCGUUGUCUGUAUUUCUAGGGUCAUCUACAUAUCCUGUAUAGAUUUCUUCCCCUUUCUCAAAAAAACCUUUGAGGGAUCUUUCCAAUUCUUCUCUCGAUGCUUUAUCUUUUUCCAUAGAAUUCAUGGCUUCUUCCAUAAAUUCUCUCUUAAGAGUGGUCGAUAUAGUUUCUCCUGGAUCAACCAUACCACCAGGUAUAGCCCAUUCUCCAGAAUCUCGUCUUUGUAUUGCAACAAAUUGCAAAAUCGGUUUGUUUGAACAUUUGUUUAUUUCCAACGCUUCGGAAAUAUUUCGUUUCCAACGUGUUACAAUUGGAUCUGCUGCAUGAUUUGGACCCCAUCGUCCUAAGAGGCCGCGUCCAAUAAUACCGGUACGACCGAUAGGAUUUAAAGGAUAACCCUCUUCAUUUAUAAUGUAAUUGCCAGUGAAACUUUUACGAUUGACAUGACCUAUUAACAGGAAAUUUACAUACAAAAGCUUCACGGCAUUCAGUUUAUUUCUCACUACGAAUAUUGAGGUGGAUUAGGAAAUAUAAGAGAAGUGGUUAUGUUUUAACUUUAGUACAUAACGCAAUGUUAUGGAAUGAUUAUGCAUAUUCAAUAAUCGGAUAUGAUUAUUACGUAAUAUUUACGUAUGAAAUAACUAAUAUCUAAAAAAUUAAAAUUUAUUUUUUGAACAACUGGUGGAAAAUAUUACAAAAUGGAAUAGUGUAAUUAUAAAGUACUAAAUGUUUCAGAAAAA